GUCGCCCCGUCCCCGCAGUGACUCCCCGUCCCGGCACAGCGCUAAAGCAAAAGCAGCGAUGACGCGUCACAAGGCUGCUUGGACUUUUUGGACCUUUUUGGAACGCUAAAUGCAGACGAGAUUGGCUUGAUGUAACAUUUACGCGGCGAAAUCCGGGGGUGGGGGUUGGGGGGGGGUUGGGGGAGUAAAGAUGCAGAAAAGGCUGACGGACUCCCAGACAACUCUAUUGUCAUCACCGAGGGCGUCGUCGUUUUUCAUCGACAAUCUGCUGUCCUCGGGGCAUGCACACGAGCCGGAUAGUCCUUCCGAAAGUAGCCGGAGUGGUGCCGCGGUGAGCACGGACUCUGCCGGCCUGGUCUGGUACGCUCGGCGCGGCAUGGCGCGCUCACCGGCUCCCGGUGGCUGCAGCCCAGCCUCGUCCCUCCUGAGCACAGAGCCGCUGGCGAGCUGGUACGCCGCCGGGAACACGGGCUUGCUCUCCAGAGCUUUGGACGCGCCACACAGUCCACGCGUCAACGCGAGGUCCGAGGACAACCGCGGCUCCGUGUCGACCAGCGACCCAAGUUCUCCCGCCGUGUCAGAACCGAUUACAGACGACAGCUCGGAGUCCGACGGGAAAUUAAGCCACAGCAACCCGAUUGACGACAACGACGAAGCUCAGAGUGGCUUUGACGCAUCUUCUGAGCCCAACACGACCCGGAGGAAGAAGACCCGGACUGUGUUCAGCCGCAGCCAAGUCUUCCAACUGGAGUCCACGUUCGACGUGAAACGGUACCUGAGCAGCUCGGAGAGAGCUGGCCUGGCGGCGUCUCUCCACCUGACAGAGACCCAAGUCAAGAUCUGGUUCCAGAACCGGAGGAAUAAAUGGAAGAGGCAGCUGGCGGCGGACCUCGAGGCGGCGCACGUAACCGACCAAAGCCGGCGGCUCGUCAGAGUCCCCGUUUUGUAUCACGACGGACCGGGAGCCGGUUCUGCGCUGGCUUUCCACUUGAGCGGACAGCAGGUCUUCCCCAACUCCAUCGCGUACCCGCUGUCCUCCUUCGCCCACUCCAUCAGCAUACUCAGGUCGCAGAUGAGCGGCCUGCUUUAAAGACCCAUCCGACUAUAUUUCUACUGCAGUGCAAUAACACACGAAGUGCUGGGAGCAUCCAAAGGAACCAUUACGCCACAAAGUCAAAUCACCUUUUGUGUAUCCACGUGUUCAAGUGCGCUGUUUGAAUAAGCGACUAUUUUUUCGCCAAACGUUUAUAUUUGGAAAAACACACACGUUUUCAUUAUUAUCAUUUUUUCCCCCCCCCACUCAAUAAAUGAAUAUAAAUACUCA